UGCCUAAGUGACUACCUUCAGUUCUCCAUGCAGCAGAGAAAGAUUCAUCUUUCAGAUACUCAUAAAGCAGUCAAAUUCCAUUAAGGCGAAGGUCUCUGCCAAGAGAGAUGUCUGCCCAAAUCCCUCUUAAUGCUUCCUCAAAAGUAAUGACAGAUGGGAAGGCUUGUGCUCUUUUCCAUUCCUGCACAGUAUGCCUGUUUUCACCCCCUUACACGGAACAAGGAAGCAUUAUCUCUGUUCUAAACAGGUGAAUCAAAAUAUGCAAGUCCCUGGCUGCCUCAUUUCCAAUUAAAUACCCCAGUUUAGAUAGGGGAUUUGGAGGCCUUUCUGCACUGCUUCCUAACAUCUGUGUGCAAAUUUGGCUAAACCUUGGAUCCUUCCAAAACAUGUACAAGGAAGGAAUGCAUGGACCUACCAGUGGCUCCCCUCUUCCACAUCUGCCCCUCGUGAUGUAAGCACGAGUGAAAUUCAGACUGUGUAUGACACAAGAGUUAUGGUGAAUGAGAGCAGCAGAACAGAUCUUGUUAACACGAUGUGGGUGUUAGCAGGGUGGCUUUUUGGGGUGGAGAAGCCAGAGUCUGGCCUGCCCUAUUCUUUGUUCCAACUUUGACAAAAAACAUGUUUCUCAUCACAGGAAGCCUGAGAAGAAUUUGCCCCCGGGAAUGACAGAAGCUUCAGCUGGAAGAGGGCUCAGACAGGAUUAGAGGCAGAACAAAAAGGUCAGGCUUUCAUCUGUGUGCAGUGGCACUUUCUGGUCUGAAGUAUAAAAAGCAAUUUUGCUAUGGAAGGUUUCUGGAAUGUCCACGACAAAAACAUGACUGAAGCCUAAGGUCUGCUGUGGAGGUAUCCUCAGCACUUGAAUCAAGUUGUACUUGCAUACCUCAGGUCCAGUACCACACUGCAGCCUCACCAGUUGACAUUACAGUGGUUUCCAUCUGAAGUGCAGCACGCAGACAUUCAGCUACAAUGAAACUCAAGGCACUCAUGCUGCCUGCUCAGGCAUCUCUUAUUCUGACCUCCUCCAAAAGAUCUGCUCUUCUUCCUCUAAGAAAAUUCAGGUUUAUGAAACGUCUGUGUUCAUAUUCCACCCCUUCAGUGCUUUGCUGCUCUCAUCUUCCUAAACCUCUGUACCCUGUGGGGUUUCUCAUUACUGUUCUGCAGAAAAACUAUUAGCCAGCUGUGGCACAAAUCAGAGGCAGAAACAAAGCAUCUAGCAGUAAGUGCAGCAAAGCUAAGGAGGAAGAGAAAUAGCACCAUCAAGAAACUGUGCUUCCUGCUUCUCUAAAAUGCAUGUCAGAUCACCAGGCCUUUUCCAAUCAAGCAGAAAUCCUGCAGCCACUUUGGAUCAACAAGAGAAGUCUAGCUGGGAUAGCACAUCUCAGCUGGGUUUCUUCUCUUUUUCUUUACAAACGGAACAAAGAAAGGAGCUUUCUUUUGUUCUCUUAGACACCAAGAAGCUUUCAUGGCAUUUGCCCCAGGAGCAGAUACAUGAACCAUUUAUUUCUUCAUUUUGCAUCUUACCUCUGCCACUUGUCACAAUCAGAGAGGAAGAUGCAAGAACUCACACUUUGGGCAAUGCCAGAGCAGCUGGCUUGUGGAGAAACAACUUAUCCAUAAGGAUCUAGAGCAAAACCUGCAGACCUUUUGUAAAAAGCUGCACCACUGCUGGAACAGCUUCACUCUGGGAUCAGUUACAAUCAACUUUGGAACUGCUGAAGGAUAUAAAACAGGAGACUGGAAGUUGCUAUCUCAGCCAACUGAUACUUCACCUAUACUCUAAGUGUCUAAAGAUUUAAGCUUUGCUCUUAAAUCUACACUUAUGUAACCGUGGACAUUUUAAUUACCCACAGAUUUUCCCCUCUAAAUCCUGUUAACAAACUGGCCUCCCUAAUACUGGAGUUAGAUCACAUUGCCUGUAAAGAAACCCACCUCUUGUCAGUUGUAAAUAAAUUGUCUUUCAGCAUUAAUUAAUGUCCUUUUGCUUGUCCACUAUGAGUAAACACAGGCAUGAGUUUUGACUUAGAUGUUUUGCAGACUUCUUUCCACCCCACCCUCACAUAUCCCAUCUCUAAGAAUAGCAGCACUGAAUGCUACAAAAUAGUGCAGAGACACCAGUGUCCAGAGGGAGGAGGACCAGAUGUUAAACAGAUGAAUUUGCCACAGUAUUAUGUAAAUUAAGAAGGACUGCAAGCAUAGAGUUACCCCCUCAGCUUCUGGUAUUAGGAGGACUUGUUGCAGCUGGGGCUACCUGCUAGGGAGUUACAUUCCCUGAACUUUCAUAAACUCAUCCUGUUGGGAAAGACUUUCCACAUUCUGGACCUCUAGUGCUCCUCUAAUGUUACUGAAGUGCCAGAACAAGUCACCAAGAGGGCUUCAAUCCAGCAGGCAAUAAUUGCUGGAAACUCUCUGCAUUUCCUAGCCCUCCACCACACCCCUUCAACACAGAACUGAGUGAAGACUCUCCUGCUCUCCCCAACCUUUUUUUGGAUGAAUGCUGUUCUAGUUUCACCCUGUAAACACCUGAUAGGAACAGAUGAUCUGGGAGGGGCCAGAAAGUGCUUCAUAGCUCCAGGGGGGUGGAGGUAAACACCAAAUUGCAUAAAAGAUGCUUUGAGACAGACUUCCAAAGUGCAUAGGCUCUGAAAGGACGGGUCUGAAAAAAGGCUGCUUCUUCAGGCUCCACCUUCAGAGACUCCUUUCAUUGGAAGAAAGCUAGGUCCUGUAGCACUUGCAACCAACUUCAUACCUACCCCAGCUGCAUUCAGACUACCCACAGCCAGCUGGAAGUUUUCUGUUGCUGUAAGCAAAAAUGCCAGCAAGAUCCAGUGCUCAGCUGGCCUGGCUCUGCAUUGUCACUGUGUCUGUGGCAAUCUACCCAGCGCUGCUGCAGAAGCCUCCUAAAAGGAGGACGCUCAAUGGGAAUGCACAGUCCAAGUUGACAGGCUGCUGUGAUGAGAUUAAAGAGCUCAAGCUGCAAGUAGCCAACCUGAGCAGAAUGCUGCAGGAGCUCAGCAAGAAGCAGGAAGGCGACUGGGUGAACGUGGUCAUGCAAGUGAUGGAGCUGGAAGGGAGCACCAAGCAGAUGGAGUCCCGCCUCAUUGAUGCUGAGAGCAAAUACUCCGAAAUGAACAACCAGAUAGAUAUCAUGCAGCUCCAGGCAGCUCAGACGGUCACGCAAACUUCAGCUGUAGAUGCUGUCUAUGACUGCUCUUCACUCUACCAGAGGAACUACCGGAUCUCUGGGGUUUACAAGCUACCUCCUGAUGAAUUUCUGGGGAGUCCAGAGCUGGAGGUGUUCUGCGACAUGGAGACAGAUGGAGGUGGCUGGACUAUCAUCCAGAGACGGAAAGUUGGUUUGACAUCUUUCAAUAGGGACUGGAAACAGUACAAGGAAGGAUUUGGCAAUAUUCGGGGGGAUUUUUGGCUGGGAAAUGAGAAUAUCUACAGACUUUCCAGGCGCCCCACUGUUCUGCGAGUAGAGCUGGAGGACUGGGAAGGCAACACACGCUAUGCACAAUAUAAGCAGUUCACCCUGAGCAACGAAAUCAACAGCUAUCGCCUUUUUGUGGGGAACUACACAGGCAACACAGGGCGGGAUUCCCUCAGGUACCACAACAACACAGCCUUCAGCACGAAAGACAAGGACAAUGACAAGUGUGUGGAUGACUGCGCCCAGUUCCGUAAAGGUGGAUAUUGGUACAACUGCUGCACAGACUCCAAUCUGAAUGGGGUUUACUACCGGAAAGGAGAACACACCAAGAACAUGGAUGGGAUCACCUGGUACGGAUGGCACGGAUCAACCUAUUCCCUGAAGAGAGUUGAGAUGAAGAUCCGGCCAGAGGAUUUCAAACCAUAGAGAGAACCAGUAUUUGUUUGUACAGUUUCCUUAUGCUACUGCACAGAAGGUGGGCAAUGAACUGCUCAAAAUCAGCCAAAUAAUAGUUCAUUUCAUCUAAUAUGUGCAACAGCUACAUACUGGCUAUGUGCACACACAAACACUAAGGCACAUUAAGCACAAGUCACUGCCAUUUGUGUUACCAGGCUCAGUCUUAUUUCCUCCUCUUCAGACUCUUUCCAAAGGGAAAAUAAUGUUGUGUUAGAAUAGGUUAUAACUGAAUGCACUUCCAGCACCUUCAAAAAAACCUACUGGUGUGUUUUCACUAGCACUGUGGCUAGUGGGUUGCCUUAGUGUUAACCAGCCAGGCAGGGACUGAAUAAAGAAAGCCUCCUUGUUGCCACUUCUUCAGUGUGUAGAGUAAGCAUUCCUAACUCCCUCCAGAAGAGACUCAAAUCACAACAACAACAUAUUCAUUUCAAGGCAGAUGCACCUUUCUUUAGAGUAUAAUAUGUGGUUUACAUUCCCCCAGAGGAAAAAAUGAAGCUCAAAGACUUUGGGUUAGUUAGUAUUGCCCAGGUUCUCUCCUUAAGUUUUACUGCAUUCUCCUGCUGCUGCAACAAGUAAGUCCCCACAGCAGGCUGCAGCCAGCAGAUAGUAAAUCUGGAGAAAGGAUUUGUCCCAUAUACUCUGUGGUAUUUAUUCCUAUUCACAGAUGACCUAAAAGCUGAUAAACCAGAAAGCAACUUUCAGGGCUGCCACGAAAUUAUGCUCAGGUUAGAGCAUAAGUGUGCUGUAUGUCACUAAGACUAAGACAGAAAAACACAUUAGCAAAAGAAGUCCAGACCUGGCCAUCCAGCUGAAAACCUCAACUCCAACACUUAAAACCACUGUAUCCAUAAGCAAAACACUAGUACACACCAGAGAAUCCAGGAACGAUGUUAUGCAACACACACAGAAUGUUUCUCCUUUACAUAACACAGUGUUAAAAAUAACAGGUAAAAAAAGAAAGAGACCAAUCCUGUCACCAUACUGUUAUUUGAAUAUGUUGGAAAAGAUAGUUAUCAUUAAUAUAUCUAUUUUUAUUCACCUUAAAGAAAGUUUCAAUCUAAUUUAAACUGUUCAGUGUUGUGUGAAAUGGGAGUUACUGAUGUCUUGGGAAUUGCCUUACAUAUGUUUGACUAUUCACACUGGAAACUUCAACUGUGUGGAACUAGAGUUGAAUUACUUUAACUGUGGACUAUAAAAUGGAUUUUGAAAGGUUUCAAAGCUUUCCCAACUCUAAUAAAUUGCCUUUCAUUUUUAA